AUGGAUAUUAUGGAUUCAACAGCAACAACGAAAUACAUAUGUAUGGGUCAUCAACCACAGCAAGGUAGCCUUUCACCAUCUAUUUACAUAUUUGAUAAUCGACGUUCAGCAGUAUAUUAUCAAACAGCACAUGUUGAGCCAACACAAUCAUUAAAUAUAUCAACAGCACAACGAUUUAGUUCAACAGAAUAUUUAAAUAAUAUGAAUAGUGGUAUGGUACCAUCAAUAUUUCUAUCAGCUCGUCAAACAUUUGAUAUACGUUAUACUCGAAAAGAUUGGCAUAAUGCUCAAAUGACAAAUUAUUUUGCAUCGGAUAAAAUUCGGCCUGCAUCCGAACGCUUACGUUCAGAUACAAUAGUUUCAGCACGAGAGAAAGAUAAACAAGCAUUUAAAAAUAAUGUUGAAUCAUCAAAACGCUUAGCUAAAAAUAUAAAUGAUAUUGAAUAUUGGGAAAAUGAAUUAAAAAAAACAAACGAUAAAAUGAAACAUAAAAUAAAUGAUAUUGAAUUGAAACAACGCGAAAUUGAACGAUUAUUAUCUGGAACAGAAAAACCAUUACAUACAGCACAAGAAAAUAUAUAUGAACGUGAAAAACGUCAAGGUUUUCUAAUUUAA